UUUAUUAAUUAGGAUUGGUAAAAGCUUUGAGAGAGAGCAAAUCCGACUUUGUGUUGGUAUAUAAUACGGCGGCGCCAAGGUAAAAAACUCUUUUCUUUUUUCAUUCUCUGAUCGCUUUCUUCUUCACUAAGUUGGAGGAAAAUUCUCUCUCGUUUUCCGUUUUUGUGAGGCAAACUCAAUUGUGUUCAAUGGAGCCCGAGAUUGUUCAUCCUGUUGCUUCAUGCUCGAUAACUCUAACGCCGAACAAGGCCACAACUCCAGAUGACAAUAAUGGUGUGGAGGAGGAGCUAUUCGAAAUGCAAAACGGUGGUGGUGGUGGUGGUGUUAAUAACAACAACGAUGUUGAUAAGAAGAACAAAGGGAAGGCUAUACAAUCUGACGACGAUGAGCAGCUUGAGGGAUCAUCCUCUCCAUUAUCAAAUAGUUUGCUAGACCCUGAUUCUUUGAUCUACCAAGACGACGACGAUGACUAUUUUGAUCAUUAUGCCUACGAGAUAGAGGAUGAUCAUGCUGAUGAAUACGUAUCCAAGUACCAAGCCCUUUUUGAUGCCAAGGAGAAGGAAAUCCCAGCUGGUGUGGAAGUGACAAUGGACUGGCUUCCAAACUCGGAAGCUGAUGCUAAACCAAGUGGAAGCAGCAAACCAAUAGCUACCACCAGCAGCAGCAGUGGCAGCAAACGAAGUGGAAUCCAUUUAACUCCAAACACUGCUUACGGAAUAGUGCCACAUAAAAUCCAUGGGUUCAAAUACGCUGGACCAGGUUUGAAGUAUCCUUCCAUUCAGCUUGGGCCUAAGACUCCUGGUACCGUAUUGGGAGAGGCCCCGGUUCCAUCUCCAGCUCCAGCUUCAGCUUCUUCUGGUUUAUCGCUUCAGAUGUUGAAAAAACCUUCAGGGUAUUUGGGUUUUGCUAGCACUCGGCCUCUAGUGGAAGAGGUUAUCUCAGCUCCAAAUACUUCCACAGUUAAGAGAAACAUGGAGGAUUAUCUUGGCAAGUACUUGUUUUUCAAGAAAUUUGACAUCGUGGAAGAUUUGGUGGACCACCAUUAUGCUGCUAAGGGAGCAAGUUCCAAACAGCAUACAAAGGAAUGGGCCAAAAGGAUCCAAGAAGAGUGGAAAAUUCUUGAGAAUGAUUUGCCAGAGAUGAUAUUUGUCAGAGCUUAUGAGUCGAGGAUGGAUCUUUUGAGGGCUGUAAUUGUUGGAGCUGAUGGAACUCCCUACCAUGACGGUCUCUUCUUUUUCGAUAUCUUCUUCCCUGAUGCAUACCCUUCUGUGCCACCGAUGGUUCAUUACCACUCUGGUGGGCUAAGAAUCAACCCAAAUCUGUACGACUGUGGGAAAGUGUGCCUGAGUCUUCUCGGCACUUGGACUGGUGUUCAGACGGAGAAGUGGAUCCCCAACGAGUCUACAAUGCUACAGGUUCUUGUCUCAAUCCAAGGACUAAUCUUGAAUCAAAAACCUUACUUCAACGAACCUGGCUACGAGGGAAGUGCGGGUUCUCAAGCAGGGGAGAGCCGGUCUAAAACUUACAGCGAGAAGACAUUCUUACUUUCUCUGAAGACUAUGGUUUACAACAUGAGAAGACCACCCAAGUAUUUUGAAGACUUCUCGUAUGGGCAUUUCCUCAGCUGUGCUCACGACGUGUUGAAAGCGUGUUAUGCUUAUAGAAACGGAGCUCCGGUAGCCUCUUUGGUGAGGGGAAAGGUGAAAGAAGGGGAAGAGAGUAGCGAGAGAUGCUCUGAGUGGUUUAUGAAAGAUGUGGGUGACUUUGUGGACACGCUUCUGUUAAAGGAGUUCAUUCUUCUAGGCGUCCUUGGUCUCGAACCGGAACAAGAAGAAGAGCAGCAGUAGCAGAGACCAAAGAGAGUAGAGUUUUUUUCAUAUUGUGCUCCAUUUUUUUUUUCUUCCCUUUAUCAGAACAGAGGACUUAGUUGACAUGUCUUUAUCGAUAAGUCACUUUUAUACAAUUUCAUUUGUAUAGUUACUUUUAUUAGAUAAUUAUGCUAACUUUCAAGACU